ACACACAAACAAAACAAAGGUUCAAGAGAAGAAAAAGAAAACAGCAUGACACACCUAACUCAUUCUUUGCCCUUCUUCUUCUCCUGCUUGUCUAUGCUUCUAUGUUUGUCCACUGCAGGAAGCAGACCUGCUCAUGGUCCAGCUUAUCUAAACCCCUAUGCUUUCUCUCCCGAAGCUUACGAUUUCUUUCACCCAAAAGCAUCACUUCCUAACAAUAUUCCACCAAGAGACUCGCCUUCUUCGUCUUCACUUUCACCUUCACCAUCACCUUCAAAGGCCUCUAAUGUAGAAACAGAUACACAAGGAAGUAAAUUUUCAUCAGAAGAGCACACGAAUGAGAGUAUCAGAGAAGAAGAAGGACGAGGAGAAACCGUUGGAAUAGUGUUAGGCGUUUCUUUCGCGGCUUUUGUUUUGAUGGGAGCUUACUUUGUGAUCAAGAAACGACGAGCAAAUAGAACCCGCACGAUUGUAAUCCAGUCUAAUGCUUGAAUUAACCAAAAAAACAUUAUUUAAAGAUUUUGUCAAAUUGCUACUUGUGUGAUUCCUAUGCAGUAUCACCCUGAUGCAAAAUGUUAGCAAAUCACUAAAACUUCAAAUCUUUGUUAUCAACCGUUCACCUCAUUAUGCUAAGUGGGCUGGAUUAAUGAGCUUUAGUUUCUAUUAAAGAUGUAAAAAUGGGCUUCAAACAACAUUAUCUUUGCCCCAUUUUACGCUUGCAGAGAACUGCCGACAAAAAAAUAAUACUACUACAUACAUUUUUUUUUUGUUAAAUGUAUAAACCUUAUUUGGAUUUUUAAUUGGUGUCAGAAAAAUAAUUAAUU